AUGGAAUAUCCAGGAUCUCCCGAGCCUCCGGCGAAGAGGAGACGAUUUUUCACGGCCGAAGACGACGCUGUGAGCCAUCAGUCAAGCCCGGCUCUCCCCACUCCGCCUGCGUACCCGCAACAGCGCUUCUUUCGAGAUGCCGAUGAAGAGUCGCCCCAGACCAAAAGCGAAGAUGUGAAACCACCCUCGUCGCCCACUGGAUCUCGCGCUCCCCUCGCCGACCAAGCGAUCGAAGAUGCCUCCAACUGCUCCGCCCCGCCGCUGGAUACCCAACGCGAAGAGUCCGCCAUGACGUUUGACCAGGAAGCCUUUGAGAGCUUCGUUGGAGACAAGGUUUCCUCAGACGUACUGGAUGUGAUUCGGGACAACUGUGGGAACAGCCUUGAGCGCGCGGUCAAUAUGUACUUUGACGGCACCUGGAAGAACUUCAAGAAGAAGUCUCACUCCAUCAACUCCUUUGCUCGACCAUCCCCUACCUCCACCAACCUGCCGACACCAGACUUGUCGAUGGAAGAUCCGCCGAAGCCCGUCAUCAGACGCACGAUGCCUGAAGCUCGAUACAUUGGUUCACUCGGCGUCGAAGGCUGGGCUACCCGCAGCGGUUCGAAUCUUCUCAACCACGGAGACGUCGUCAAGAUCGAACGGCAGAAAGUCCAGGCGCCCCAGGCUACACGGGUCAAGACAAAGUUCGGUGUCACAACUGUCGCUCCUCGUGGUGCAUCGGCCGCCUCGAGACGAGUUGACGUAAUGGUGCGGUUUACGAACGGCAGCGGGUUCGAGAUUGGCAGGUUGGCCAAGGAAACGGCCGAAUGGGUCUCGACCUUGAUAGAUCAAAAGAUCUGCAAGUUCGAGGGUGUAUGUGUGUACGCCCCUGAGCGACUGCGGACCAACGACACCGUCUUCAUCCAGCUGAAAUGCUACCUGUUGGCCUCGGCUUUUCACCGACCCGGCUUCGCCAUCUCCGACAACAGGGCGGCUGGGUUUUUCGAAGAGAAAGAGUCAUCAGAGGAGAAGGAGCUGCGUCUUCGACAGGUGGCUCUGGUGAAGCUGCUGCAGGAGAUUAAUCUCGAACCCACACGGGCGAACGCGACCGCUAGCAAAAACCAACGACAAGGUCUGCUUCAAGCCGCUGAGAUGGACGACAAGAAGGAGAAAGACUCCUCUAAGCCUGGAACCAAGGAGCCGGGAUCAUCCCCUCCUUCUGAUGAGCAAGAAGACGGCGAAGAGCUUGAACAAGACCAACUCGACGCGUUGUACCGCAAAGCCCAAUCGUUCGACUUCAACACUCCAGAGGCAGAGCCUGCAGACACUUUCGCCAUGGACUUGAGACCAUACCAGAAGCAAGCACUACACUGGAUGAUGACAAAAGAGAAGGACCAGAAGAGUAACAGAGAGCCGAGCAUGCACCCCUUAUGGGAGGAAUAUGCCUGGCCACUCAAGGACACGGACGAAAAGGAGCUUCUUCAGGUCCAAGACCAGCAACACUUCUACGUCAACCCAUACUCGGGUGACCUGUCGCUGGACUUCCCCGUUCAGGAACAAAACUGCCUGGGCGGUAUCUUAGCCGACGAGAUGGGUCUCGGCAAGACGAUCCAGAUGCUCAGCUUGGUUCACUCCCACCGAUCUGACAUUUCCCAACUGGCCAAGGCGAGUGGCGGCGCUCCAACAUCUGUCAACGAACUCCCGAGGCUCGCUUCUAAUUCCUCGAGUAUCCUAUCGGCACCAUGCACGACACUCGUUGUGGCGCCCAUGUCGCUGCUGUCUCAGUGGCAGAGUGAGGCGGAAAAGGCUUCGAAAGAAGGCACCCUCAAGGCCAUAGUGUACUAUGGUAACGACAAGGCCAAUAACCUGCAAGCUCUGUGCUGCGCAGCGAGCGCGGCGUCUGCCCCUGACGUGGUCAUCACAAGCUAUGGCGUGGUGUUGUCGGAGUUCAACCAAGUCGCCACCAAGAAGGUCGACAAGUCGGCCCAUACUGGCAUCUUUUCCCUGAACUUCUUCCGUGUAAUUCUCGAUGAGGCUCAUCACAUCAAGAACCGAGGGUCCAAGACCGCCAAGGCUUGCUACGAGAUAUCCGCCGAACACCGAUGGGUGUUGACUGGAACGCCAAUCGUCAACAAGUUGGAGGAUCUCUUCAGCCUGGUUCGUUUCCUACGCGUGGAGCCCUGGAACAACUUUUCGUUCUGGAAGACGUUCAUCACGGUACCCUUCGAGUCCAAGGACUUCAUGAGAGCGCUUGAUGUUGUGCAGACGGUAUUGGAGCCUUUGGUCCUGAGGCGCACCAAGGACAUGAAGACGCCUGACGGUGAACCCUUGGUCCCGCUGCCUCCAAAGCACGUCGAGAUUGUCGAUGUGGAGUUGAGCCAGACAGAACGGGAGAUUUACGACUACAUCUUUACGAGAGCCAAGCAAUCGUUUCGGGAGAACGUGGAAGCGGGCACAGUCAUGAAGGCAUUCACAAGUAUCUUUGCCCAUAUCUUGCGUCUGCGUCAAUCCUGUUGCCACCCUGUCUUGGUGAGGAACAAGGAGCUAGUAGCCGACGAGGUGGAAGCUGGAGCUGCGGCGGACCUGGCAGCAGGGCUCGCCGACGACAUGGACUUGGGUUCUCUCAUUGAACAUUUCACGGCCGCGGUGUCCGAAUCUGAAUCCGGUACCGCCGCUUUUGGGGCCCACAUCCUCGGUCAGAUUCGUGACGAGGCCGAAAACGAGUGUCCGAUCUGCGCCGAAGAGCCAAUGAUUGAGCAGACCGUCACUGGAUGCUGGCACUCGGCCUGCAAGAAGUGUCUCCUGGACUACAUGAAGCACCAGACGGACCGCCACAAGGUGCCGACGUGUCCCAACUGCCGCGCGGAAAUCAACUACCGGGACCUCUUCGAGGUCGUUCGUCAUGACGAUGAUCCGGACGUGUUCCAGAAGUCCAAGAUCAGCCUGCAGCGGUUGGGGAUCAACAACUCGUCGGCCAAAGUCGUGGCGCUUAUCAAGGCUCUGCGCGAGCUCAGAAAGGAGCACCCGCGUGUCAAAUCGGUCGUCUUCAGCCAGUUCACGUCGUUCCUGUCGCUCAUCGAGCCGGCCCUGGCGCGGGUCAACAUCAAAUUCCUCCGCCUUGACGGCUCCAUGGCACAAAAGGCGAGAGCGGCGGUCUUGGACGAGUUCCAGGAGUCCAAGACGUUCACCGUGUUGCUCCUGAGUCUCCGCGCCGGUGGCGUGGGACUCAACCUGACUUCCGCGAAACGUGUUUACAUGAUGGAUCCCUGGUGGAGUUUUGCGGUCGAGGCUCAGGCGAUCGAUCGUGUGCACCGAAUGGGGCAGGACGAGGAGGUCAAGGUAUAUCGCUUCAUCGUCAAGGAGAGCGUGGAGGAGAGGAUGCUCCGGGUCCAGGACCGGAAGAAGUUUAUUGCCACGUCUCUGGGCAUGAUGAGUGACGAGGAGAAGAAGCUCCAGCGGAUUGAGGACAUUAAGGAGCUGCUUAGCUAA